AUGAAGGCAGACUUGUUGAAUAUUAUCCAUACCCAUACAGCCUACAGCCCCGAGAAACAGGAGCUUCCUGCUGGAGAGCAUGGCACGACUUCCCGAACUCGUUCAACCGAUACCGACUGUGCGGUCAUCGAACCCACAACAACGAUCUCUCAAGAUCCGGAUUUCCGCGUGAUCAAAUCCCGCAAGAAGAAGGACCAUCACAAGAUCCACCGAAGAUGCUUCGAGGUGGUGAGUCAGUUUGACGAUGAGUUUAAAAAGCUCAUCGAGGAGCGGGACGAACAGAGACACCAAGAUCAUAAAUUGAUACAGCGCCUUCGUGACGAGAAUCGUAAAGAUUUAGCGAAGCUACGACAAAAUACUGCAGAAAAAGAGAAAGCUUGGGCUGAGAAGCUCAUCCUGGAAACGGAGGUUCGUCAGCUCAGGCAGCGGUUGAAACACUCCCAUAGCUCCGAGGAUAGCCAGGCUUCCUUGGCUGCUAUUCAGCCCAUGCUGCGCCGUGUUCAUAAUGACGUGUCGGCAUCAAUGAAUGACUUGUGGGAUACCAUCAAAACCGCACAGAAAUGA